AAACCUACUGGAAUUAUUAACUCCUGUCAGUCUGGGUAGCUCGAUGCAGCAACGAGCACUUGACUGCUUCCUCCACUUGUUAAGAUUAUUUUAACAAAGAAUAUCCAUUGAUUUCACGCAUAUCAAAUCCUACGAGAAAGACAAACGUUAUUUGGACCAAACAACAAUUCUGCUUCGAUAUAAGUAAAUAAAAUGUUUAUAUACAAGAAAAGAAUAAGGCGUUUGAUUCUAUUUAGUGGAUUGUAAUCACGUUUCAUUUAUAAAAUAUAGAGACUGCAUUCUAUGUAGCGGAUAGUAAUUAUGUUUCGUUCGUAAGAUACACAGAUUGAUGAAUUAAUUGUUUUACGAUUGUUAUCGUUCUACAUUCAAACGAGCUCACGUUCCGUAGAUUAUGUUAAAGUGUUUGUAGAAGUUUGAUGAACCUUUAAGACUCGUGAGUGGAUUUUGAGAGAAUUGGAAGACAUGGAGGAAGCAGAGGAAAUCGAGGAGAGUACCAACUCGUGUUCAACGUCCACGUCGUCCUCAGCGACGACGGUGCGUGGCAAGAAACACUGUACGGAAAUGCGAUCGGAGAAACCGGUGUACCUUCGGCAAAAAGAGAAGAUCAUUUAUCCGAGGAGCACUAGGACGCUGGUCAAGACAGUUGUGAUUGGAGGAAAACCUAUCGAAGAGAAGACUUGCAUGACCCUGAGAACGUUGGUUUUCGGAAGUUGUGCCAGUCCACCGAGACCGGAAUGGGCAAGAACCGGAUUCACCCUACGACCUUACGGACAAAGCUUGGCAUUUGGAUUACGAGCACCGAGAAAUACGACCAGAGGUCUCGUAACUGCUGUACAGGCUACAAUGCUCAAGCAUUUCCUGUUUAAAUGUAAUAGACAAGACACUCAUGCUAAUCCAGAAAGCAUGCUGAAGCCAUCGUACGAUAGACAGAUCGAUGUCUUGACAUUGACGAUAGCAGAGAUCAUUUGGCGUUGCGCCGGUGGAUUCGCCGUGCAAAGUACUGGUUAUUCGCCAAAUCAGAGUGUCACGGGAAACGCAAAUGCGCCCAGGGCCGUGGUAGCUCUGCCGCAAGAGACGCCCUAUGUGCAACAUAGCGUGCAAUACUUCCAGGAUGGUCUCACGGAGACCCUGCACCUGUUCGAGUUUGAUUCUUUGGAAGACUUGGAGAUAUUUAUUAAAAGAUAUUUAUAUUUGUUUCAAGACGAGGGUGGCCCUGGUGCUAAAUUAUUAUUGUACAGCGCUGUGCUUUCCAGAGGAUUUUCUAAGGUACAAGCCGAUCUAGAAGAUCCAAAAGGCUCGAUACUAAGCGGUUGUCCAGAGGAAGGUCCCAUAAGCGUUGUAAUUCUCUCAUUAACUGGUCGUGCUUCGCCUCAUCUGCAUAAUGGGGUGCUACACGUUGGGGAUGAAAACACAUACGCUAUACCACAAUGGGGUGUCCUUGUGAGGAGCGAAGUAGGAUUUCUGGUGCUCGAGGGUGAUGGACAAUUGAACAAACAACCAGGUUCUCGUUUGAAAACCCCGAAUUUACCAAUUUGGGUUACUCUGUGUCAUGGCCACCACGGUGUCUUGUUCAAUACCAACCGGGAAUUACUUAGAAAUUAUCACGCUGAACGACGUUUCGAGAUUCAAUACUUCACAUGCGGCGGCAGCCAUGCCAUUUUGACCGUGGACACCAGGUCGAAUUCCGGAAAUGAUUCAGAGUUCGAGGGCUCAAGCAAAGAAUGCAUGGACAUUGCUGCAACACCCUUGGAGAAACUCAUUCGUUCCAAAUGGCAAGAUGCUUGCAUACAGUGGAAUGGAACACCCUUAAUGUGAAUGCAUCAAUAUGUGUCUCUCUAUAAAUUUAGUUGAAAAAUAAAUAUAACGUUCUAGGCUCUUUGUUUAGAUCGUAGUAGAUUAUAUACAUUAUAGUUAUGUUUGUAAAAAUUUCUGUGCUUCGAGAAAAAAGAUUAUUUCCAUCGA